CAUUUAGUUUCUAAAUGUACUAUACUUAAUAAUACCUCUUAGAUAUAAAGUGGCUUAAAUGACCCGCAAAAAAACCCAACAUAUCGUUAUUUUUGCAGAAAGAUAAAGUAAGAAUUGACUUUAUUGCUUACAAUGGUUGGCUUGAGAACCUUGAGCUAAAUGCAUCAGGUACCAAGGAAGCAGGUAAAUUGAGAAGAUUCAUUAUGACAAGUGCUGAAAAACAUGUUCAUGCGAAAGACAUCACUCAUUCUGCUAUGAAAGAUAGCCAUCACCACCAUGAAAUAAUAAUAUGCGAUGAAUGUCUUGUUUUUCAAGCCAAAGGGUUUCAUUUUGCUUAUGAAUCCAUCCUGGAAAGGCCGGAGAUGUAUUCGUGGGGCACAAUUGACCAGUACGGUCCGAUUUCCUUUCCGUUGAGCUUUCACAUGACAGUAAUGACAAGCCACAACAAGACAACGCUGAAAAAGGACUGUACAACGACGCUGGAAGAUAUUAAAAUUUCCAAUGAUCCCAAAAUAUCCUCAGGCGAAAUGUCAGUCCAAGAGCUUGGAUCAAAGUCGGGUUCGUUUUCAUUCUUAGCGGAUGACAUUCAGUCUUGGUUCGGAAACCACUUCAACACAACAGUUUUGAAGCAUCUCCAGUUGAAAGUCAAUGGUUUUGCAAGCACGUUGAUCAAAACUAACAAUAUUUGCAAGGAUUUUCUGACAGGAGGGAUUUUCAUCAAUGUAGAUGACAAGUACUGUAACUGAUUUUUCAAUUUGUUAUAACAUUAAAAGCAUUAACUUUGAA